AUGGCAACAUCAGCUCCUCCCCAGCCGGCCUUCAAGGGCAUUGUGCAGUCGCUUGGCAGGAUUACUCUAAAACAACCUAUUACUUGGGGCUUUGUGACCUAUCGAUGCUCGUAUAACAAUGAGGAUGCCUGGCAGACAAUUCUUCAGAGAAUACGUGAUGAGAUGGCCGAGUGUUUAGAAGAUCAAGGGCAGGAGGACCUACUGCCUCGGCAUGAGAUGAUUAUUAUGGACGACAAAGCAAAAUAUGAUGGCGCCACGUCUCACGAUAUCCGUGACCAUUUUACGUCUUGGGUGUUUAAUGCUUUACCGGAUAUCAUGGUUAAUACACCGACCGAGUCUCGGCUGCAGGUGACGCUCGUGAAUGAUCCUCAUAGUAUGGGGCUAGAACAUGUUUUCGGUACUCGAUAUAAUUUUUGCCUUUUUGUCGAUGACAUUUGCCUGGAGUCUGUCGAGCACAUGGACAUACCGGUCGUAAAGUUACUAGCAAAACACUUUGGUGCGCGAGACCCUGAAGACAGAAAUUACACUAUACACCCUGAUUUUGAGGAUGGUGAAACAGGCGGCGAAGAGGAAGAUGUUGGGUGGAUGUAUCUCGAAGUUUACCAAUACGUUGAGAAGUAUGACCUGUUGGAGGAAGACCAUUUGUGGUAUGAAGAAUACCGGAGACCACCCUUAUUACCAUGGGGCUCUCCCUCGGAUCAAAAUCCAGGCUCCUGGCGCAAAAAUAACCAUCAAUCGCCGAGUAGCUCGUCGCAGGGAAAUUUUGAGUCACCAAAAAGCUAUAUUGAAAAGAUUCGAGAAGCAGAAGCAGAAGCAGAUGAGAAACCGGGAUCAAUUGCGACCCUGACCGAUAUCCCCCCUCACCAAAGCGCUGUUUGCUGGGCCAGACAGACCCUUAACUCGCCUAAUUACCCCACGCAUAAAACUCUCUUUCUUUUUUUCCACAGUUACGGGCAAAACCGUAAACCACGAUACUCCGACAUCUUGCUGCGCGCUCGGCGCGGAGGGGAAUUUACAUUCGACCUCGAUUUGCAAACAUGGCUUCACUUGCUACGGCGCAGUCUCCUGGUAUGUGUACCCAUAAAUUGUCCAUACGAUGCUGUGGGAAAGGCCGAGAGUCUAACGUUUGCCUGUCUUCGCUGUUUAGAUACCCCGGCUGACUCGACGACUGGCGGGGUAGCCAGUCCGGCCCAAGAUGCUGCUAACAACAGCUCAGGAACGCAAGGUGGAAAGGAAAAAUCGGAAAGAGAACUUGAAAAGGAACGGAAGAAGGCUGAGAAGCUGAAGAAAUUUGCCGAAAAGGCUGCGAAGAAGGCCUCUGCAGCACCUGCCCCCGCGAAACCUACGGAGAAGAAGCCAAAGAUAGAGAAAGACAAAACCACCGACGCCUAUGACCCCAAGGUUAUCGAGGCUGGUAGAUACGAGUGGUGGGAGGAGCGCGACCUGUUCAAGCCGGAGUUUGGCCCAGAUGGAAAGGUGAAAGAGGCUGGAUACUUCGUCAUUCCGAUUCCACCGCCAAAUGUGACCGGAGCUCUCCACAUGGGUCAUGCCUUGACAAAGGCGCUCCAGGACACCAUGAUCCGCUGGCAGCGAAUGAAGGGAAAAACCGUGUUGUACCUCCCGGGAUACGACCAUGCCGGUAUCUCCACUCAGAGCGUUGUUGAGAAGAUCCUAUGGAAGACGGAGAAGAAAUCCAGACACGAUAUUGGGCGGGAAGCCAUGGUGGGCAAGAUCUGGGAGUGGACUCACAAGUACCACGACAGCAUUACUGCCUCCCUCCGAAGGUUGGGUGGUUCUUUCGACUGGUCCAGGGAAGCCUUCACUAUGGAUGAGAACCUGUCUGCGGCUGUCACCGAGACCUUCGUCCGCCUCCACGAAGAGGGCACUAUCUAUCGUGGAAAUCGUCUUGUGAACUGGUGUGUUGCCUUGAACACUUCCCUAUCAAACCUUGAGGUCGAAAAUCGUGACCUCGAAGGUCGCACUUUGCUGGAUGUCCCUGGGUAUUCCAGAAAAGUUGAAUUCGGUGUUUUAACUCACUUCCUGUAUGAGAUCGAUGGCACGGAUGAAAAGAUCCAGGUUGCAACUACUCGACCUGAAACAAUGCUUGGUGAUACCGGUGUAGCUGUCCACCCUGACGACAAGCGAUACCAGAAGUUUAUUGGAAUGAAAGUUAAGCAUCCCUUCGUGGACCGAUUGCUACCAAUCUUUGCAGACGAGAAGGUCGAUCCCGAAUUCGGUACUGGUGCUGUCAAAAUCACACCAGCACACGACUUCAACGAUUACAUUCGUGGAAAGGAGAAUAAUCUUGAGUUCAUUUCCAUCAUGAAUGAUGAUGGUACUUUUAACGAAAACGCCGGCCCCUUCGCUGGAGUGAAACGUUUCGACGCCCGCUACCAGGUCAUCGAGAAACUAAAGGAGAAGGGUCUUUAUGUGAAAUGGGAGAACAACCCCAUGAAAGUACCACAGUGUGCCAAGUCUGGCGAUGUCAUCGAGCCCAUCAUGAAACCACAGUGGUGGAUGAACAUGACUGAGCUUGUUAAGCCUGCCAUCAAGGCCGUUGAAAGCGGAGAGAUCAUCAUCCGCCCCGAGAGUGCCGAGAAGAGCUACUAUCGGUGGAUGAACAACAUCAACGAUUGGUGUUUGUCAAGACAGCUCUGGUGGGGUCACCAAGCACCCGCCUACUUCGUUGAUAUUGAAGGCGAGAAAGGCGAUGAUGCUGAUGGUAACCUCUGGGUAACUGGUCGUACGGAGGAGGAAGCUAAAGCUAAAGCAGAGAAGAAAUUCCCUGGGAAGAAAUUUGUUCUGAAAAGGGACCCUGAUGUCCUAGAUACAUGGUUCUCUUCUGGUCAAUGGCCGUAUUCUACUCUUGGAUGGCCAAAGAAGACGCAUGACCUUGAGAAUCUUUACCCCGUAUCUAUCUUGGAAACCGGAUGGGACAUUCUCUUCUUCUGGGUCGCUCGAAUGAUUAUGCUCGGAAUCAAGAUGACCGGACAGGUUCCAUUCAAGGAGGUGUACUGCCACUCUCUCAUCCGAGAUUCUGAAGGUCGCAAGAUGUCCAAGUCACUAGGUAAUGUCGUCGACCCCAUCGAUGUCAUGAACGGUAUUUCUCUUCAAAAGCUGCAUGAUAAGCUGCUAGAAGGCAAUCUUGCGGAGAAGGAAGUCGCCAUCGCAACCAAAUUCCAGAAGAAAGCUUUCCCUAAGGGUAUCCCAGAGUGCGGUGCUGAUGCCCUUCGAUUCUCGCUGCUCGCAUACAGCACUGGUGGCGGUGAUAUCAACUUCGACAUUCAGGUGAUUCACGGUUACAGAAGGUUCUGCAACAAGAUCUACCAGGCCACCAAGUUCGUCCUUGGUAAACUAGGGGAUGACUUCCAACCCCAGGCCACUCCCACCAAGACUGGAAAGGAGUCCCUCUCCGAACGAUGGAUCUUGCACAAGUUCAACCAGGCAGCAAAGGUCACUAACGAAGCCCUGGAAAACCGCGAGUUCUCCGUUGCCGCCAACACAAUCUACCAGUACUGGUACAGUCAACUGUGUGAUGUAUUCAUCGAAAACUCCAAGUCGCUGUUGCAGCCCGACACAGACCCAGCCGUUCAGCAAUCUGCCAAGGAGACCCUCUAUACCGCGCUGGAGGGUGCUUUGACUCUCAUCCACCCAGUCAUGCCUUUCGUGACCGAAGAGCUAUGGCAGCGUCUCCCGAGACGUCCUGGAGACAAAACCAUUUCUAUCAUGAAGGCUGCCUACCCAGAGUACAACGCUUCGUUCGAUGACCCUGCCGCCGAGACCGCCUAUGAGCUGAUCCUCAGCACCUCCAAGGCUAUCCGAAGUAUCCUCGCUGAAUACGACGUGAAGACAAAGGGAGACAUUCUCAUCCAGGCAUACGACGCUACUAGCCACAAGUCCAUUUCCGAAGAAGCCAUCAGCAUCAAAUCCUUGAGUGGCAAAAACAUCGGCGAGCUGACUGUGCUUGAUGCCGACAACCGAACCCCUCCACCAGGCUGUGUUGUUUCGCCCGUCGGUGCCCAAGCAGCUGUGUAUCUCCAGGUGUCGGAUGAGGUCAGGCUAGAGCAGGAAGAAAAAGCCAAGGCUAGUCUCUUGAAGCUACAGGAAACCAUCAAGAAGCAGCAAGCUAUCAUCACUGCCCCUCAGUGGAAAGAAAAGGCCAAGCCUGAGGUUAGAGAACUUGAAGAGAAGAAGCUGGUGGAUGCUCAGGGUGAGGCUGCUCGCCUUGAAGAACAAAUUCGCGAGCUGGAGAAACUCAAGAUAUAA